AUGGUGGCCGCUGGUGGUGGGGGAUACGAUUAUGCUGGUAGUGGUACUAUAGCUGGUUCUGGUGGCUGUUUGAAAGGUUUUGAUGGCAAUGAAAAGGGAGGUAACCAAACCUCCGGAGAUGAUGGUUAUUAUAAGGGUAAUUUUGGUUUAGGAGGCGGAAAUGGAGAAAGAUUAUUUUAUUACGGCACUCCUGAUGGAAAUGCAGGGGGUGGCGGGGGCUAUUUUGGAGGAGGAUCUGCAUUCACUGUUGACAUGGGCUCAGCAGGCGGUGGAAGUUCAUACAUAAGCGGUUUUCCAGGAUGUAUUUCUGUUGAUAAAAAUUAUACUCAAAAUAAUCCUAAAUUUUCUACUGCAGAAGAUCCUUCGAUCCAUUAUUCGGGGAUAAAAUUUGAGAACCCAGUGAUUAUUGAUGGGAGAAGUCCUAUGCCCACCCCGAGUCUUAACUCAACAAUUCCAGAGUAUGGUCAUAUAGGAAAUGGACAUGUAAUCAUUUCCACAGCUGAAAAAUUUGGUUAUCCAUAUUUUUCUCGAAUUACUGCUAUACCAUACAAAGUUAAAUGUUCAAUUCCAUUGAAAGUUGGACGCAAUUUUGAUGUUUUCUUCACAUUAUCUAUUGUAUAUUUGUCUCUCGGAUAA